AGCCGGUUUGAGCAUUCAGUUUCUCUCCGUAUAACGAUGGAAAACCACGUAUUAUUAGCUGCUACGGCGCUUAUGUUGUCUGGAUAUAUCAUAAAAAAAAGAAAACAGAAACGAAAACUCUGGAUUAAAAAAUUGUACCAAAACCGAAACCAAUACGGUAACAGUUUGUUAAAGGAACUAACAAUCGACCAUUCAGUCUCAAAUUUUACACGCAUGUCUGCGGGAGACAUUGAAUAUUUGUGCUCCUUAGUGGCUGUGAAAAUACAAAAAUGUGACACUAACUACAGAGAAGCAAUAACUGUAUCCGAAAGAGUGCUGCUAACAUUGAGAUAUUUGUCAACAGGAGACUCCUAUAGCAGUCUUCAAUAUCUUUUUAGAGUAUCGAAACAAUCUAUAUCAACUAUAGUUCCAGAAACUUGUGAUGCAAUUAUAGACGCCCUCAGUGAUUACGUUAAGACACCGUCCACAGAAGAAGAAUGGCUAGCAGUAUCUAAUGAAUUUGAAAUAAAAUGGAACUUCCCACAUGUUAUAGGGGCUAUAGACGGGAAACACGUAACUCUUCAAAGGCCCAUCAAUAUAAGUACUGAUUACAAGAAUUACAAGAAUUUUCCUAGUAUAGUGCUCUUCGCUCUCGUGGAUGCUAAUUACAAAUUCUUGUUUGUUAAUGUCGGAAGUAAAGGGCGUAUUUCCGACAUAAUGAAAAUACCAUAUUUCAUAUUGGGCGACAAAGCUUUUAUGCUUACCAAAUAUACUAUGAAACCAUUUGAAGGUAAUCAUGAGGCGGGUUCCAAAGAAAGAGUGUUCAAUUACAGACUUAGCAGAGCUCGCAGUCGUUGA